GGUGCGUCGCUAAAAUUGUUCCCUCUUUAGAUCAUAUUAAGCACUAUCAGGCUGUCGUGCAGAGGAUGGAUACACUGGCACAAAUGCUCACAGACCCUCUCGAUCCCAAAGAGGACCAAGGAGGACAAAUUACAGAGGAAUGCAUGCUUGGAAACAGCAGAGUGAGUCUUCCAGAGGAUCUGCUUGAGGAUCCUGAAAUCUUUUUCUCCGUGAUGAGUGAAAGCACCUGGAAUGAAGUGCUGACAGAUUCUCAGAGACAACACCUUCGCCAGUUCCUGCCACAGUUUCCUGAGAACAGCGUCGAGGAGCAGGACAGCACCCUCAGUGACCUGUUCAACAACAGAAACUUUAACUUUGGAAAUCCUCUCCACCUCGCACAGAAGCUCUUCAGAGAUGGUUUCUUCAAUCCUGAAGUGGUCAAAUACAGACAAUUGUGUGCCAAAUCCCAGAGAAAGCGCCACUUGUACUCCCUUCAGCAGUACUACCACAAACUCCUCAAGCAGAUUCUCGUCUCUAGAAAGGAGCUGCUGGACUUUGCAGUUCACAACGAUUUGGAUUUUCCACCAAAAAGACGUUUGCCAAACAAAACUCAAGCUGAAAUGCGGGAGCCGAGAGUGAGAAGAAGACUGAGUCAUAUACUGAAGGAGGUCAAAACGGAGUGUGGAGACAGUAACGCUUCAUCUGAUGAUGACGAUCUGUCAUCGUGGAAUCCAGUGCCUCAGUCUCCAUCCUCACCAACUCCCACCGUCUCCCUCAAAGUUCUUCCCAGCCUGUCCACUCCAGACAUGAGGAUCACUGAAAAAUUGGAACUUGGCGAGCUGGAUUUAAAAGUCCUGCUGCAAAACCAUUGUGAGAAGAGGAAACGGCAGCCAGACCAUCCAGACUUGGUAACUUCUGAUAUUCAGCUCGGAGACGUACUUACAAGGGCAAAUCUUGGUCGGAAAGGGGCUUUGCCUGUUUUUGACCUUUCUCUGCCUAAGAAGAAAAUCAAAGACGAGAGGAGGAGAAAAAAGCUGAAGACGAUAAAAGUGGAAUGUGAUGAUCCCUGUGAGACUGUCACGCCAUCAGACGCCUCCUCAGCUCCUGCAGUUAACAUUAUCAACUCCCUGCCGGACGCACCAUCUACUCCACUCACCAACAUCAAGGAGGAGGUUGUGGAGGAAUGUCAGAGUAGCCCGAGUCCAGUUGAGGAAAUAACUUCCAGUUUCUUCAGUUUGUUGGAAAACAUCUUAAGAGCAGAGGGUCCUGCGAGUACCUCAGCAUUGGAGGAGAAGGUUCAACUGUGGCAGUCCUCCGCAGCCAGUUCUCUAAACGUGUGGUUCUCAUCUGCCUCAUGUUGGUCGGAUUUAGUUCUCCAAGCUCUGCAGUUUCUCGCUGGGGAGACUAAAGACGGCAUGAUGGCGCUCCCCAGCGACUUCUCUCCCUUCGUGGAGUUUGUGGAUGGAUUUCAGCAGUGGAGGUGGAUCGGUCCAACUCAGGAUACAGAGAAGGACCUCAGUGCGCUUUGUCAACUCUGGCUGGACUCCAAAGAUUUUAUUGUCAAGACAGAGAAUGAAGACAUGCUGGAGAUUACCUCACCACCACUAAAACUUUCAACGGAUUAUGUGGUGCGGCCCAGCACCGGAGAUGAGAGACAGGUGUUUCAAGUCCAGGAGCAGCAGCGGUACAACCAGCCUCACAAAGCGUUCACCUUCAGGAUGCAUGGCUUUGAGUCUGUGGUGGGGCCCGUUAAAGGGGUGUUUGAUAAGGAAAUGUCUCUGAACAAAGCCCGGGAGCACACGCUGCUUCGCUCCGACCGCCCACCUUACGUCACCAUUCUCUCUUUAGUACGGGACGCAGCAGCCAGAUUACCCAAUGGAGAGGGAACGAGGGCGGAAAUCUGUGAACUGUUGAAAGACUCUCAGUUUCUUGCUCCAGAUGUCACAAGUGCACAGGUGAACACGGUUGUGAGCGGGGCUCUGGAUAGACUUCACUACGAAAAGGACCCUUGUGUUAAGUACGACAUUGGCCGCAAAUUGUGGAUUUACCUGCACCGCAGUCGCAGUCAGGAAGAGUUUGAGAGGAUCCACCAGGCUCAAGCUGCUGCUGCAAAGGCCAGAAAAGCUCUGCAGCAAAAACCUAAACCAGCAUCUAAACCUAAAUCUGGGAGUAAGGACGGAAGCAGCAAAGCCCCUGGAUCUGUAGAGGCAACGCAGGACGUAAUCUGUAAUCCCAUGUCUCCAGUCCCUACAACACCCACCCUUAACACUCCUGGAACCCCCAAGUCACCCCUACCUUGCUCAGCCACCACACCAACAAAAACUGGGGUCCCAGAUACUAUCAAAACCAGACCGGGUGUUCUUCUCGUGUCUCCUCCCUCGCUGCCUCAGCUGGGAACCAUUUUACCCACGAGUCAGGCUUGUCCGCCGGUUUCGCAGCCUGUUACGUCCCAGCAAGCUGCUCGGAUAGUGAGUCACCUUGCGGCGGGCUCCCUCCCUCAGGUGAGGGUCGUUUCUGCCCAGCCUGGGCUCAGUUCAUCAGCCGCAGGCCAACAGGCCUCACUGGUGCAUCAGACCCCUCACCAGAUCCGGAUGCCUGUAUCCGUAGCAGCCAAGGGCAUUUCUCAGGCAGUGGUUUCUGUCCCUUUAAGGAGUCCAUCUGGCAGCAGUCCAGUCCAGGUUCCAAACACCCUCUCUGUCUCAGCUCUAACUGUAACCAAACCACAUACUAGAUCUCCUGGAAGCCCAGCUAACAACCCCACGUCUCCAGCUGUGCUGCAGGGGGUCACCAGCUCCAACAUCAAACAGGUGUCCAUAACUGGACAGCUGGGAAUGAAGCCUCCAGGUGGAGCAGGAAUUCCAAUAUCUGCAACAAACUUGCGCAUCCAGGGUAAAGAUGUCCUCCGUCUUCCACCGUCCUCCAUCACCACAGACGCCAAGGGCCAAACGGUGCUGCGGAUAACCCCGGACAUGAUGGCCACUCUUGCCAAAUCUCCAGUUGCGACUGUUAAACUCACUUCGGACUUUCUGGGCACCGCUGCCUCAGGCAGCAAAAGCAUUUCAGCCACCCUGCAUGUGACGCCUCCGCAGCCUUCACCGUCCUCUGCCUCCAGUGCUUCACCCUGCGCAGGGGAGGCCCAGACGACGAAAGCGGGCCCCAUUGCCUCCACCGUGUUGAAGGCCGGUGGCGACGCAGCCAUACGUUUGAUGCCCACUCUGGCCGUCACCAUGGCUGACCAAAAGGCCAGGACCUUCUCCACCGUGGCGUCCCCCGACAAGAGCAGCGCCACUAUCCGGAUCAUGCCAGGCCUCGGGGUUAUUCCUCAGAAACCGGGACAGACCAUCACCAUGACAACCACCACAGGCAGUAAGCCCCUCACGGCCUCCUCGUGUGCCAACAUUGUGACCAUGGCUGCAAGUGUGACAGGUGCUAAAGGGAUCACCGUGACUCCUGGGUCCUCCGCUGCACCUCUGUCUCUGGGAACGGCCACAGCCACCGUGAGACAAGUCCCUGCUACGGUCGUUACCACACAAACGGGAAAGUUACCUGCUCGGAUCACGGUGCCCCUCUCCGUCCUCAACCAGCCACUGAAGAACAAGAGCGUUGUGACGACACCGAUUAAAGGAAGUCUUAACACAAAUCUUAGCAGUCUGGGCAGGAACAUCAUCUUGACCACCAUGCCUGCUGGCACGAAGCUGAUUGCGGGGAACAAACCGGUCAGUUUUGUCACGGCCCAACAGUUCCAGCAGCUUCAGCAGCAGGGACAAGCCACACAGGUUCGGAUCCAAACGGUUCAGACGCAGCAGCUCCAGCAGCACGUGGCGACAGGCUCCCCAAAGUCUGUUUCAGCGGUGGUCGUCACAACGGCUCCCUCCCAAAAAAAUGCCCCUGAUCCUCCACCUGCGCAUCAGCAGUGAGCUUGUCUGUAUCGUCGCUCCAAUCUGGCUUUGCUCAGAACUCCCCGUUUUUGUUGCAACCUUAAAUAUGUUUGCAGUUUCAUGCAGAAUUAAAAAAAAUCCAAGGAAAAGAUGACUAAAAUGGUCAUUUCCUUCAGAAUCUCAAGUGUUUACUGGUUGUUUCGUUAAUAUUUAAAUGUCAGAAUUGGUCAUUUUUAUUAAACCAUUAAUACAACCUUCA